UCCGGCUCUGUGUGGGGCAGCGUUCGGGGAGUGUUCGGGACCUGAAGCGGCCGCGAGGGCCGCGCGAGGGCCGGCGCCAUGCACGGCGGGCCGCCCUCCGGAGACAGCGCCUGCCCGCUGCGCACCAUCAAACGGGUGCAGUUCGGGAUCCUCAGCCCCGAUGAGAUGAAACGGAUGUCGGUGACUGAGGGGGGCAUCAAGUACCCCGAGACCACAGAAGGGGGGCGCCCCAAACUUGGGGGGCUCAUGGACCCCCGUCAGGGCGUCAUCGAGAGGACCGGGCGCUGCCAGACCUGUGCUGGUAACAUGACGGAGUGCCCUGGCCACUUCGGUCACAUCGAGCUGGCCAAGCCGGUUUUCCACGUGGGUUUCCUGGCCAAGACCAUGAAGAUUCUGCGCUGCGUCUGCUUCUUCUGCUCCAAGCUCCUGGUGGACGCGAACAACCCCAAGAUCCGGGACAUCCUGGCCAAGUCCAAGGGGCAGCCCAAGAAGCGGCUGAGCCACGUCUACGAGCUCUGCAAGGGCAAGAACAUCUGCGAGGGCGGCGAGGAGAUGGACCACAAGUUCGGCGUCGAGCAGCACGACACCGACGACGACCCCGCCCGGGACAAG